CGAUUCUUUCUCAGGGACGAGCCACCUCUUAUACCCCUCGUCGUCUCUCUCGAACCCUUCUAUACUCCAAAACCCUAGAAAAACUAGAGAGAGAAGGGGAAAUGGCGCUCGCGAGCAGUUCCUCCUCCCUCUCCGUCCACCCCCACCAUCUCUCCUCCGCCGCCUCGAGCGGCGGCGCCGUUCAUUCACCGUCCUUCCUCCCCGUCAAGCCGCGGCCCUCCGCCGCAGCCGGGAUCCGCCCGAUCUCCGCCGUCCACGCGGCAGAGCCGGCGAAGAAUCCCGUGGUCGCCGACAAACCGAAGGAGUCGUCGUCUCCGGCGCCGGCCCCGGCCCCGGCGCCGGGGAGGUGGACGGUGGAUAGUUGGAGGGCGAAGAAGGCGCUGCAGCUCCCCGAGUACCCCGACAAGAAGGAUCUCGAGUCGGUGCUCCGCACGAUCGAGAGCUUCCCCCCGAUCGUUUUCGCGGGCGAGGCGCGCCACCUCGAGGGGCUCCUUGCCGACGCCGCCAUGGGAAAGGCGUUCCUCCUCCAGGGCGGGGACUGCGCCGAGAGCUUCAAGGAGUUCAACGCCAACAACAUCCGGGACACCUUCCGCGUCCUCCUACAGAUGAGCGUGGUCCUCAUGUUCGGGGGCCAGAUGCCCAUCGUCAAGGUGGGGCGGAUGGCUGGGCAAUUCGCAAAGCCGAGGUCGGAUCCCUUCGAGGAGAGGAACGGUGUGAAGCUGCCGAGCUACAGAGGGGACAACGUGAAUGGGGACGCAUUCGAUGAGAAAUCGAGGGUUCCCGAUCCGCAGAGGAUGAUCCGGGCGUAUUGCCAAUCGGCGGCGACGCUCAACCUCCUCCGGGCGUUUGCGACCGGAGGGUACGCAGCGAUGCAGCGCGUGACGCAGUGGAACCUCGAUUUCACCGAGCACAGCGAGCAAGGAGACAGGUACCGUGAGCUGGCACACCGGGUGGACGAGGCGCUGGGGUUCAUGGCAGCAGCUGGUCUGACAGUGGACCAUCCUAUCAUGACGACAACUGAGUUCUGGACCUCGCACGAGUGCCUGCUUCUCCCCUACGAGCAGGCCCUCACCCGUGAGGAUUCCACAUCCGGCCUAUUCUACGACUGCUCUGCCCACUUCCUCUGGGUCGGUGAGCGCACCCGCCAGCUCGACGGCGCCCAUGUUGAGUUUCUCCGCGGUGUUGCCAACCCCCUAGGCAUCAAGGUGAGUGAUAAGAUGGACCCAAAGCAGUUGGUUAAGUUGAUCGAGAUACUGAACCCGCAGAACAAGCCGGGGAGGAUCACCAUAAUUACGAGGAUGGGGCCGGAGAACAUGAGAGUGAAGCUGCCCCACCUCAUCCGGGCCGUCCGCGGGGCGGGCCAGAUUGUCACCUGGGUUAGUGACCCGAUGCACGGCAACACCAUCAAGGCUCCCUGCGGUCUCAAGACUCGCCCCUUCGACUCCAUCCUGGCGGAGGUACGGGCUUUCUUCGAUGUGCACGAGCAAGAAGGGAGCCACCCGGGCGGCGUCCACCUCGAGAUGACGGGGCAGAACGUGACAGAAUGCAUUGGAGGCUCCCGCACUGUGACCUUCGACGACCUGAGCUCGCGCUACCACACGCACUGCGACCCGCGCCUCAAUGCGUCCCAGUCACUCGAGCUUGCCUUCAUCAUUGCUGAGAGGCUCCGGAAGCGGCGUAUCCGCUCGCCCCGCCUCAACCUUCUCGACAACAACUUGCCCCCACUGUCUUUCUAAUAGGGAGGAAUAGAAGUUUAGGUGGUUUCUUAUCGUUUGUUUCAUUCAUUCGAGGGUGAUGUUGGUAUAAGUUAUUAUGUGAGCUCAUAUGUGCUUGGGAAGUGUAUUUGUGUGAGGAUUGAAUUGUACGUAUGUAUGUAUGAAUGCACAUACCUCAGUGUUUGUUUUAUUUAUUAAGAAGAGAAUAAAGUUGCUAAGAAGGCUGUUUGCGUAGUUUUGAUUGAUCA